CCGCGGGGCAGGACGGGAAGAGAAAGGGCCGCGACGUGAGCGCGCGACUCCGGCCGCCAUUUUGUUUCGGAGCGAGCGGAGAAGGAAGGAAGGAAGGAAGGGAGAGCGCCUCAGGAGACCGAGGAAGCGAGGGAAGGCAAAGAAGGCAGGCCCCGGCACGCUCGAGGUGCCAUGGUUCAGAAAAGAUUGAGAACACCGGGAAAGAAGAGCUGAAGACACAGCAGGAACUGAGUUAUCUGCUAACUAGGGGGAAAAACAUUAACCUGUCUCUGAGGUGACUAAAGGGGAAUAAUGGUGAUUUUGCGCCGGGCUCGGCCGCCUGCUUCCGCCCCAACCAGCAAUGAAUCUUGACUCGCUCUCGCUGGCCUUGUCUCAAAUCAGCUACCUGGUGGACAAUUUAACCAAGAAAAACUACCGAGCCAGCCAGCAGGAAAUACAGCACAUUGUGAAUCGGCACGGUCCCGAGGCAGACAGGCAUUUACUACGCUGUCUAUUCUCUCAUGUGGAUUUUAGUGGCGAUGGUAAAAGUAGCGGCAAAGAUUUCCACCAGACCCAGUUUCUGAUCCAGGAGUGUGCGUCAUUGAUUACGAAGCCAAACUUUAUUUCGACACUGUCCUAUGCGAUUGAAAAUCCAUUGCACUAUCAGAAGAGUCUUAAGCCUUCACCCCAUCUUUUUACCCAGCUGAGCAAAGUUAUCAAAUUAAGCAAGGUUCAAGAGGUUAUUUUUGGCCUUGCUUUGCUCAAUUCCUUCAAUCCAGAUCUGCGAGGUUUUGCUGCUCAGUUCAUUAAACAGAAACUUCCUGAUCUCCUGCGUUCGUACAUUGACGCGGACGUCAGCGGAAAUCAAGAAGGUGGCUUCCAAGACAUUGCCAUAGAGGUCCUGCACCUCCUCCUCUCUCACCUUCUCUUUGGGCAGAAGGGAGCCUUCGGGGUCGGGCAGGAACAAAUCGACGCUUUCCUCAAAACAUUACGUAGAGAUUUCCCCCAGGAACGCUGCCCCGUGGUGCUUGCACCACUCCUGUACCCUGAAAAACGGGACAUCCUAAUGGACAGGAUCCUGCCGGACUCUGGAGGGAUAGCCAAGACCAUGAUGGAGAGCUCUCUGGCGGACUUCAUGCAGGAAGUGGGCUACGGCUUCUGUACAAGUGUGGAAGAAUGUCGCAACAUCAUCACGCAGUUUGGCGUUGGAGAGGUCACGGCUGCCCAGGUCGCCCGGGUGUUGGGGAUGAUGGCGCGCACUCACUCAGGGCUGACGGAUGGCAUCCCUUUGCAGUCCAUCUCUGCUCCGGGAAGUGGGAUCUGGAGUGACGGGAGAGAUAAGAACGAUGGCGCCCAAACCCACACGUGGAAUGUGGAGGUCCUGAUUGAUGUGCUGAAGGAGCUGAACCCAGCCUUGAACUUCAAGGAGGUGACGUACGAACUGGACCAUCCAGGGUUUCAGAUCCGUGACAGCAAGGGCUUGCAGAUUGUGGUGUACGGUGUCCAGCGAGGGCUGGGAUUGGAGGUCUUCCCUGUUGACCUCAUCUACAGGCCUUGGAAACACGCAGAAGGCCAGCUCUCGUUUAUCCAGCAUUCCCUCAUCAACCCGGAGAUUUUCUGUUUUGCCGACUACCCCUGUCACACGGUUGCCACGGAUAUCUUGAAAGCACCACCUGAGGAUGACAAUCGAGAAAUUGCCACGUGGAAGAGCCUGGACUUGAUUGAGUCCCUGCUGCGCCUGGCGGAGGUGGGCCAGUACGAGCAGGUGAAGCAGCUCUUCAGCUUCCCCAUCAAGCAUUGCCCCGACAUGCUGGUCUUGGCCCUCCUGCAGAUCAACACCUCCUGGCACACCUUGCGCCACGAACUCAUCUCCACGCUGAUGCCUAUCUUCCUUGGCAACCACCCCAACUCCGCCAUCAUCUUGCAUUAUGCCUGGCACGGGCAGGGCCAGUCUCCUUCAAUUCGCCAACUCAUCAUGCAUGCCAUGGCGGAAUGGUACAUGAGAGGGGAACAGUACGACCAAGCAAAAUUAUCACGCAUUUUAGACGUGGCCCAAGACUUGAAGGCCUUGUCCAUGCUGCUAAACGGUACUCCAUUUGCCUUUGUAAUUGACCUUGCUGCACUUGCCUCCCGACGGGAAUACCUCAAACUAGACAAGUGGCUCACAGAUAAGAUCCGGGAACACGGGGAGCCCUUCAUCCAGGCCUGCAUGACCUUCCUCAAGAGGAGGUGCCCCUCCAUCUUGGGCGGCCUGGUCCCAGAGAAAGACCAGCCCAAAAGUGCCCAGCUUCCGCCCGAGACUCUGGCCACGAUGUUGGCUUGUCUUCAAGCCUGCGCUGGAAGUGUGUCUCAAGAGCUGUCGGAAACGAUUCUCACGAUGGUCGCCAACUGCAGCAACGUCAUGAACAAGGCCCGGCAGCCUCCCCCCGGAGUCAUGCCCAAGGGACGCCCGCCCAGUGCCAGCAGCCUAGAUGCCAUCUCUCCUGUCCAGAUUGACCCCCUGGCGGCCGGGAUGGCCUCUCUCAGCUUGGGCACCUCGGCGGUCCCGCACACGCAAAGCAUGCCGGGCUUCCCUCCCAACUUGAGCUCCGCUUUCAGCACUCCUCAGUCGCCCGCAAAGGCGUUUCCACCGCUUUCCACACAAAACCAGAAUACUCCUUUUAGUGGGAUCGGCGGACUCUCUUCUCAACUUCCAGUAGGCGGCCUUACGACGGGGAGCCUGGGGAUCGGGACCGGGGCCCUGGGCCUCCCGGCAGUGAACAACGACCCCUUCGUGCCACGGAAGCUGAGCACCUCGGGACUGAACCAGCCGACAUUCCAGCAGAGUAAGAUGAAACCUUCUGACUUAUCUCAGGUAUGGCCAGAGGCAAACCAGCACUUUAGCAAAGAGAUUGACGACGAGGCCAACAGCUACUUCCAGCGUAUUUAUAACCACCCGCCACACCCGACGAUGUCCGUCGAUGAGGUGUUAGAAAUGCUCCAGAGGUUUAAGGACUCCACCAUUAAACGGGAGCGCGAAGUGUUCAACUGUAUGCUGAGGAACUUGUUUGAGGAGUACCGCUUUUUCCCCCAGUACCCCGAUAAGGAGCUCCACAUCACCGCCUGCCUCUUUGGCGGGAUCAUCGAGAAAGGACUGGUCACGUACAUGGCCCUCGGCCUGGCCUUGCGCUAUGUUCUCGAAGCCUUACGAAAGCCUUUUACCUCCAAAAUGUACUAUUUUGGGAUCGCUGCACUAGAUAGGUUUAAAAAUAGAUUGAAGGACUAUCCUCAGUAUUGUCAGCACUUGGCUUCUAUUAGUCACUUUAUACAGUUCCCUCAUCACCUGCAGGAGUACAUUGAAUACGGGCAACAAUCCAGAGACCCUCCGGUGAAGAUGCAGGGCUCCAUCACCACCCCGGGGAGCAUUGCACUGGCCCAAGCCCAGGCUCAGGCCCAAGCUCCGGCCAAAGCCCCGCUGGCCGGCCAGGUCAGCACCAUCGUCACCACCUCCACCACCACCACCACGGCGGCCAAGACCACCAUCACCCCCGUGGGACGGGUCAGCUUCAAGAAGGACGUGCCGCCUUCCAUCAAUACAACCAACAUCGACACUCUGCUGGUGGCCACCGAUCAGACGGAGAGGAUUGUCGAGCCCCCCGAAAACGUGCAGGAAAAGAUUGCCUUUAUCUUCAACAACCUGUCUCAGUCCAACAUGACCCAGAAGGUUGAAGAACUGAAGGAAACGGUGAAGGAGGAAUUCAUGCCUUGGGUCUCGCAAUACCUUGUGAUGAAGAGAGUCAGCAUUGAGCCAAACUUCCACAGCCUUUAUUCCAAUUUCCUGGACACCUUGAAAAAUCCAGAGUUCAACAAAAUGGUCCUGAACGAAACCUACAGAAACAUCAAGGUGCUCCUGACAUCCGACAAAGCCGCUGCCAACUUCUCGGACCGCUCCUUGCUGAAGAACUUGGGCCAUUGGCUGGGCAUGAUCACCCUUGCUAAGAACAAGCCCAUCUUGCACACGGAUCUGGACGUGAAGUCCCUGCUGCUGGAGGCCUACAUUAAGGGGCAGCAGGAGCUGCUCUACGUCGUGCCAUUUGUUGCCAAAGUCUUGGAAUCCAGCGUCAGGAGCGUGGUUUUCAGGCCCCCAAACCCUUGGACCAUGGCGAUCAUGAAUGUAUUGGCCGAGCUGCACCAGGAGCAUGACUUAAAACUGAACCUGAAGUUUGAGAUCGAAGUGCUCUGCAAGAACCUGGCCCUCGACAUCAACGAACUGAAGCCGGGGAACCUCCUGAAAGACAAGGACCGCUUGAAGGCCCUCGAGGAGCAGCUCUCGGCCCCAAAGAAAGACGUCAAGCAGCCCGAAGAACUGCCGCCCAUCGUCACCACGACGACUUCCACCACGCCGGCCACCAGCACCACUUGCACGGCCACGGUACCUCCUCAGCCGCAGUACAGCUACCACGACAUCAACGUCUACUCCUUGGGAGGCCUUGCGCCGCACAUUACUCUCAAUCCAACUAUUCCGCUCUUCCAGACCCACCCGCAGCUGAAGCAGUGCGUGCGGCAGGCCAUUGAGCGGGCGGUGCAGGAGCUCGUCCACCCCGUGGUGGACCGCUCCAUCAAGAUCGCCAUGACCACCUGCGAGCAGAUUGUGCGCAAGGACUUCGCCCUGGACUCGGAGGAGUCCCGCAUGCGGGUGGCGGCCCACCACAUGAUGCGCAACCUGACGGCCGGCAUGGCCAUGAUCACCUGCAGGGAGCCCUUGCUCAUGAGCAUCGCCACCAACCUCAAGAACAGCUUCGCCACCGCCCUGCGGGCAGCUUCCCCGCAGCAGCGGGAGAUGAUGGAGCAGGCGGCCGCCCAGCUGGCUCAGGACAAUUGCGAACUGGCCUGUUGCUUCAUCCAGAAGACGGCGGUGGAGAAGGCCGGCCCCGAAAUGGACAAGAGGCUAGCCACGGAAUUUGAGCUCAGGAAACACGCGCGGCAAGAGGGCCGCCGGUACUGCGAUCCGGUGGUGUUGACCUACCAGGCGGAACGCAUGCCGGAACAGAUCAGGUUAAAGGUCGGUGGUGUGGACCCAAAGCAGUUGGCUGUAUAUGAAGAAUUUGCACGCAAUGUCCCGGGUUUCCUACCGACCAACGAUUCAACGCAACCCACAGGCAUCCUGGCCCAACCAAUGAAGCAAGCCUGGGCGACGGACGACGUGGCGCAGAUCUACGACAAGUGCAUGACGGAGCUGGAGCAGCACCUGCAGUCCAUCCCGCACACGCUGGCCAUGAACCCCCAGACACAGGCCCUGCGCAGCCUCCUGGAAGCCGUGGUAGUGGCGCGCAACUCCCGGGACGCCAUCGCCGCCCUCGGGCUGCUCCAGAAGGCUGUGGAAGGCUUGCUGGAUGCCACCAGCGGUGCCGAUGCCGACCUGCUCCUGCGCUACCGCGAGUGCCACUUGCUGGUGUUGAAGGCCUUGCAGGACGGGCGCGCUUAUGGCUCUCCGUGGUGCAACAAACAGAUCACAAGGUGCCUGAUUGAGUGUCGAGACGAGUAUAAAUACAACGUGGAGGCCGUGGAGCUUCUGAUCCGCAACCACCUGGUGAACAUGCAGCAGUACGACCUUCACCUGGCUCAGUCGAUGGAGAACGGCCUGAACUACAUGGCCGUGGCCUUUGCCAUGCAGCUGGUGAAGAUCCUGCUGGUGGACGAGAGGACGGUGGCCCACAUCACCGAGGCCGACCUCUUCCACACCAUCGAGACCCUGAUGCGGAUUAACGCUCACUCCAGAGGGAACGCUCCAGAGGGGCUCCCGCAGUUGAUGGAGGUGGUGCGCUCCAACUACGAGGCCAUGAUCGACCGGGCGCACGGCGGGCCCAACUUCAUGAUGCACUCAGGCAUCUCCCAGGCCUCCGAGUACGACGACCCGCCGGGCCUGCGGGAGAAGGCCGAGUACCUCCUGCGGGAGUGGGUCAACCUCUACCACUCGGCCGCCGCUGGGCGCGACAGCACCAAGGCCUUCUCCGCCUUUGUUGGACAGGUAGAGCUUGGGGAGAGAGAGAUGCACCAGCAGGGCAUCCUCAAGACGGACGACCUGAUCACCCGCUUCUUCCGGCUCUGCACCGAGAUGUGCGUGGAGAUCAGCUACCGGGCGCAGGCCGAGCAGCAGCACAACCCGGCCGCCAACCCCACCAUGAUCCGGGCCAAGUGCUACCACAACCUGGAUGCCUUUGUGCGCCUCAUUGCGCUGCUGGUCAAGCACUCCGGAGAGGCCACCAACACCGUCACCAAGAUCAACCUCCUCAACAAGGUGCUUGGGAUCGUGGUGGGGGUCCUCCUGCAGGACCACGACGUGCGGCAGAGCGAGUUCCAGCAGCUCCCUUACCACCGCAUCUUCAUCAUGCUGCUCUUGGAAUUGAACGCCCCCGAACACGUCCUGGAGACCAUCAACUUCCAAACACUCACAGCCUUUUGCAACACGUUCCACAUCCUGCGACCGACCAAAGCUCCCGGUUUUGUUUACGCCUGGCUGGAACUGAUCUCCCACCGGAUAUUCAUUGCGCGGAUGCUGGCGCACACCCCUCAGCAGAAGGGCUGGCCUAUGUACGCUCAGCUGCUCAUCGACCUCUUUAAGUACCUGGCUCCUUUCCUGAGGAACGUAGAACUCGCCAAACCUAUGCAAAUCCUGUACAAGGGCACGCUCCGGGUGUUGCUUGUGCUGCUCCACGACUUCCCGGAAUUCCUGUGCGACUACCAUUACGGCUUCUGCGACGUGAUCCCUCCCAACUGCAUCCAGCUGAGGAACCUGAUCCUGAGUGCCUUCCCGCGGAACAUGAGGCUCCCAGACCCCUUCACUCCCAACCUGAAGGUGGACAUGUUGAGCGAGAUCAACAUUGCCCCCCGCAUCCUCACCAACUUCACGGGCGUGAUGCCCCCACAGUUCAAGAAGGACCUGGACUCCUAUCUCAAGACCCGCUCCCCGGUCACCUUCCUCUCCGACCUGCGCAGCAACCUGCAGGUGUCCAAUGAGCCCGGCAACCGCUACAACAUCCAGCUGAUCAACGCGCUGGUGCUGUACGUGGGCACGCAGGCCAUUGCCCACAUCCACAACAAGGGCAGCACCCCCUCCAUGAGCACCAUCACCCACUCGGCCCACAUGGACAUCUUCCAGAACCUGGCGGUGGAUCUGGACACGGAAGGCCGGUACCUCUUCCUGAACGCCAUUGCCAACCAGCUCCGGUACCCCAACAGCCACACGCACUACUUCAGCUGCACCAUGCUCUACCUGUUUGCGGAGGCCAACACGGAAGCCAUUCAGGAGCAGAUCACCAGGGUCCUCUUGGAGCGGCUGAUUGUGAACAGGCCUCACCCGUGGGGACUCCUCAUCACCUUCAUCGAGCUGAUUAAAAACCCGGCCUUCAAGUUCUGGAACCACGAGUUUGUCCACUGCGCGCCAGAGAUUGAAAAGCUGUUCCAGUCGGUGGCCCAGUGCUGCAUGGGGCAGAAGCAGGCGCAGCAAGUCAUGGAAGGCACGGGGGCCAGUUAGGGCCCGCCGUCCAACUGGGAAGUCCGCCCGAGGCCUCUAUCCAUCCACCUCUCCACCCCUUCCUUAAGUCCCUUGCUUCUGGCCAAGAGAAGAGGGAAGGCCUGCGGUGACGAGCCUCCUCCUCCUCCGGCCGUGGUGCCGGGAGGAGCGCACCCUUCUCUUUCUGCGUCGGCAGCCCCGUUUCCAAAGUUCCAAUCGACGUUCUGACUCUCUCUCGGCCAAAAAACGCAGAAGAUGCUGUGAAUAUAAUGUUUGUAAAUACACCAGAGCGGGAGGGCGGGGCGGGAUUGGUCAGUCUGGACUUUUGGGGUUUGUGCAAAUGGGGGGGGAAGCGCGAGGGAGGAAGCGAGGCCAAGUGCGGGUCGUCCCACCCCAGGCUCCCAAAGAGUGCGGAAAAGCCAGUUUAAAUAUUAUGUAACUUAUUUUUUUUUCUUGCGGGUGGGGCGACGGGGGCGGCUCUCAAUCACAAGUUUGUCCGAACGGGGGGAAAGGGAAGGACGGCACUGGGAUUGGGGUCUCCUCCUCGUCCGUCUCCUCCUCCUCAAGAGAGAGAGAAGUUGUUUUCUUUGGUGACCCCCCUUGUAUAUGUACAUUUUGGGGCGAGCGGGGAGGGUGUGCAGGUCUAGGAACCGCUCCCCUGUGGCCACAGAGCUUUUGAGUUUGUACAAAAAAAAAUACAGAAGAAGAACAAAAAAAAGGACCAAUACAGCCCAUUUUGUAAGGAUUUUGAAUGUUUUGUAAAUGUAUUGGUCCGUGUGUUGUAUUUUGUAGCCUUUCUAGUUCUCUCUUGGGCUUUUAGUUUCUCCCACUUCUUGUAUGUAUGCAUUCUGUAGUUAAAAACAUUAAAGUCAUGACAAGCA